AGAGCAGUAUCAGGGUCUGGAUCAAAAACAUAGAAAAUACGUGGUUGGAGAGCUCAUCUGGAAUUUUGCCGAUUUCAUGACUAACCAGUGAGCUGCUGGGCGGGAUGCUGUACACCCGGGAGAGGCGAUCGCUGGAGCACAAGGAGCUGGACGGCCUCUGAAGCUUCCAAGCCGACCUCUCCGACAACCCACGCGGGGGCUUCCAGGAGCAGAGAUACAGGGUCUCACUACGUUAUCCAGGCUGAUCUCGAACUCCUGACCUCAAGCCAUCUUCCCAGGUUGACUUCCCAAAGCGCUCAUUACGGGCAUGAGCCACCACUCGUCAGGCUGGAGCAGCAGGCGCUGCACAGAGCUGGGCCCGGGGAUCGCGAGAAGGGGACAGUUUAGACAUUCUGAGUCGGGCCCCACCUUGUACAUACUGGUUUCCUCCAUCUUCAUCGACAUCAGCCAGGACUGGCGGCUGUGGUGUUUUGUCAGCUGGGUGUGUUACGAACGGGAGGUGACCCUGCUGGAGUGAUGGAUCCAGGACCUGUGCACAAGAGUGGUGCUGAGGAUUGGCAGUGCCCACUUCUAUGCCAUCGUGGUCAGUGCGGCCAGGAGCAGGUAUCCCAAGGGUUACUUUGUCCAGAACACAGACUUUGACUUCUUCAACUAUGCGGGACUGCAGCGGUCUGUGCUUCUGUACACGACACCCACCACCAGUAUCAACAUCACCGUCACCACCGGUGUGGAGCGAGACAGUGCUCUUCAACAAUGUGUCUGUACAUCACUACGUGUGGGUGAUGGAAGAACUGGUGCACAGAGACAAGAAUCACCCUGCCGUGGUGAUGUGGUUUGGCCAGGAGCCUGCCUCCUACCUGGAAUCUGCCGGCUACUACAUCAAGAAUUUUACUGCCUUGAUUAAGACAGAUUAUCAGAGGUGGGCACUGUUAUCCUCUCUUUCAUGCAGGAUUUAUCACAUGUCAGAGCCUACACACUGCAGCCCUGUGCCCCUCAUACCCAGCAGGUUCCUGCUCCAGCACAGCUCCUGGACUGGCCCCAGGUGCUGGCGGGGGUUUCUAUCCAAGUAUAAUUCACUGAAGCAUGUGUUUGGCAACGAGACCCAGCUCACUGUUUUAGGUCAGCCCAAGGCCACCCCCUCGGUCACUCUGUUCCCGCCGUCCUCUGAGGAGCUCCAAGCCAACAAGGCCACACUGGUGUGUCUCAUGAGUGACUUCUAUCCGGGAAUCUUGACGGUGACCUGGAAGGCAGAUGGUACCCCCAUCACCCAGGGUGUGGAGAUGACCACGCCCUCCAAACAGAGCAACAACAAGUACGCGGCCAGCAGCUACCUGAGUCUGACGCCCGACCAGUGGAGGUCCCACAACAGCUACAGCUGCCAGAUCAUGCAUGAAGGGAGCAUCGUGGAGAAGACAGUGGCCCCUGCAGAAUGUUCGUAGGUUCCCAACCCUCACCCCACCCACAGGGGCCUGGAGCUGCAGGAUCCCAGGGGAGGGAUCUCUCUGCAUCCCAAGCCAUCCAGCCCUUCUCCCUGUACCCAGUAAACCCUCAAUAAAUAUCCUCUUUGUCAACCAGAAA